GCGUGGGAACUGCGCGCGCCUGGGCCAGGGCCCAGGUCGCUGACCAUGGUGCUGCCACCCCCGGACCGGCGCCACGUGUGCCUAACCACGCUGGUGAUCAUGGGCAGCAUGGCCGUCAUGGAUGCGUAUCUAGUAGAGCAGAACCAGGGCCCGCGCAAGAUCGGCGUGUGCAUCAUCGUUCUGGUGGGCGACGUGUGCUUUCUGCUGGUGCUGCGCUAUGUGGCUGUGUGGGUGGGCGCUGAGGUGCGCACGGCCAAGCGCGGCUACGCCAUGAUCCUCUGGUUCCUCUAUAUCUUCGUGCUGGAGAUCAAACUCUACUUUAUCUUCCAGAACUACAAGGCAGCGCGGCGAGGCGCGGCCGACCCUGUGGCGCGCAAGGCCCUGACGCUGCUGCUGUCGGUGUGCGUACCGGGCCUUUUCCUGCUUCUGGUGGCCCUGGACCGCAUGGAGUAUGUGCGCACCUUCCGCAAGCGCGAGGACCUGCGCGGCCGCCUCUUCUGGGUGGCGCUCGACCUGCUGGACCUGCUGGACAUGCAGGCGAACCUGUGGGAGCCGCCCCGCACUGGGCUGCCGCUGUGGGCAGAGGGCCUCACCUUCUUCUACUGCUACAUGUUGCUGCUGGUGCUGCCCUGCGUGGCGCUCAGCGAGGUCAGCAUGCAGGGCGAGCACAUCGCCCCGCAGAAGAUGAUGUUGUAUCCGGUGCUCAGCCUCGCCACCGUCAACGUGGUGGCCGUGCUGGCGCGUGCCGCCAAUAUGGCACUGUUCCGCGACAGCCGCGUUUCGGCCAUCUUCGUGGGCAAGAAUGUGGUGGCUCUAGCCACCAAGGCCUGCACGUUCCUCGAAUACCGCCGCCAGGUGCGCGACUUCCCGCCACCUGCCCUCGCUCUGGAGCUGCAGCCGCCGCCUCCGCAGCGCAAUUCGGUGCAGCCUCCCCCACCACUACAUGGCCCGCCAGUGCGCCCCCACGGGCCCUCACCCACGCGCGAUGCGCUGGACACGUGACAGGGUCUUACUUGCUGCAGAACCGCUGAGCUAGCUGCGCAGAUUGCAUGGGAUGGGGUGGGACGGGUUCCCUUUGGGGGCGGGUGCGGUGAGUGCCGGGGUCUGGGGCCGCAGCUGCUUCUUCAUCUCAGGAAUCCCUAGGACCGCGGAACUUGUCUCCACCAGCUCGCCUCCAAGUGCAGGGCAGAAGCAGGGGAGUUUGGAGGCCCCAGGCUGGAGUGGAGGCGGCUCUGCUCUUGUUUGAUAGGCUAUCAGGGUGGGAAGGGAGGGCAGUGUGUGAAGAUACCCGGUUCCGUGGUGGGGGCCUCUGGCUCAGAGUUUGGGGCCAAGGAGGUCUCUGUCAUUUUAAAGACUUGUGUUUACAGUUUUGUAUCCAAA